CCCCUCCUCCUUUCUCUCCCCUGUUUUCUUUCUCUCUCCUCUUUGCUCUUUCUCUCCCCUCCUCCUUUCUCUCUAUGACGUCUAUAGCCAUCUAAUACCCUCCCCCUCUGAUGACGCCUGGUUAUCUGAACCCGUCUCCUCUCUCUCUCUCUCUCUCUCCCCUCUCUCUCUCUCUAUAUGAGACAGCAGAAACCCAAAAUCUCUUCAACCCUACUCUGAAAGUAUCUUCGUCAUUUCCCACACAUGCGGGCACGCAGGAAACACAAUAACUUACGAAACCCAAUUGCCCUCUCUCUCUAAACAACAGCCCCACAGUUCUGUAUCUUCAACCCAUUUGCCCUUUCUCUCUAUAGAAUCCAAACAUCAGGAAAGAAAAACAGGAACUCCCUGCAAUUCUUACCCAAUUCAAUGGAUUGGCUCUUCAUCUUAGUCCCCUGUUUUUAUCGCUUCCAAAGAUGCAAUCUUUCCCCCUCAGACCUUUACCCAUAACGCUCAACCAGAGUUAGAGAGAGCAACAAGGAAAACCCAAGAGACCCAUUUUGAGUUCCAGCCUCACAGGAUGCAUUUUAGGAGCUUAGAUGAGUUUUGGCCCUUCUACAUGAACCAGCACUCGAAGGCCUCGACCAGGCGAUGGCACUUUGUCGCUACUCUCUCUGCUCUCUUCUUCUUAUUGCUCUCUCUCCUCUUUAGAUGGUGGUUCAUCUUUAUCGCUCCUAUCUCUGGCUAUGGUCUUGCAUGGUAUAGCCACUUCUUUGUUGAGGGGAACACGCCUGCAACUUUUGGCCAUCCUGUUUGGUCCUUUCUCUGUGAUCUCAAGAUGUUCAGUCUCAUGCUCACUGGUCAGAUGGACAGAGAGAUAAAGCGUCUCGGAAAGCGGCCUGUUUUAUCAGUUUUUUGACCGGUCCAUCAAUCGAAUGGGAUAAUAUGAUUGUCGUUGCUGCUCUCAUUGCAGUUAAUUUCGGGCUCACAGGCCAGGGAACCUUCUCUAAAACCUAUGCAGAUUUGGUGGUCUUCUUCAAUUGCAUCUACGUCUCCGCCUUUGCGUGGUCCUGGGGACCAUUGGGCUGGCUGGUCCCCUCACAAUUACAUGUGCUUGCGGCUACUUAGAAUUUUCUUGAUGUGAAAAUUUGGGACCUGCUUUGAAAUUGCUACGAGUAUGAUUGAGUUUUACUAGAUUUUUUGAGAUUUUAAACUCUUAAGAUCUGUCUGAGAAUAGCAUAACAUGAUGAAGUUAUAUCCCCAAAAUUUGAUAUCCAAAAAGUAUUCCUAAAAGAGGUUUUACCCAAGGGAAUGAACGUAAGAUAUGCAGCUGAUACAUGUGAAUGUAAGAGAUGUGCCCCGAUGUCUUUUUCAAUCUGCCAUUCAAAGUAAAUGCAGAGAAGAGGAUGCAAUGAUAAACACCAUAUGGCCUAAGGAAAUUGGAUCUGAUAGAUGAAUCAAACAAAAAUAUAGUUU